AUAAAGUUUAUUUUUGGAAUUUAAAAACAAAUCCUCCACAGAUAUUCCCUGACCUAGAGUCCCUCUAGAACUUUAUUAUUUUACAGGAGGCAAGACUACUUUUUGUCGAAGCAAAUUAUAUUAUAAAAAAUAUAUACAAAUGAGAAUAGAGAGCUCACUUAAAGACUGCAGUUGACAGGUCUCCCUGAACUCUUAUUUUGGCUCAACUUCAAUUAGAAAUAUGUACCGCUCAUAAUUGUCCGGGUCUUGUGGGUGAUUUUUGUUGGCGUGACAACUCCAUUGCAAUGUGGUCCGUUCACCUAGUUCCCCAUGUGUGUCUGUGAAUCAGUGCCCGAGUUCUGGGUCCGGAUCGGUGCAGCGCUGCUCGGCCACUGGGCAGGGGGCUGGAAGCUCCUCUAGUAUCUUUGGUUGGAAGCCGCGGGCGAGCGUUGUUUGCGCUGGUGCGGGGCGUGUUGCGCACGUACGCUGCUUUUGUGAAGAGGAGGCGGAGGGAAGGAAGAUAGGCACUUCUGUUUCAUUGUGCUGCCGGGUACAGGCCAUGUAAACACGGAGCCCUAAGUAAUGGUAGCAGAGUGGGGAGGAAGAGAGGGAAGGACAUGUAGAACAAGGAGGUGACUGAUACAAAGGGGAGCAGCGAUGAUUUAUAUAAUCCUGUUGUCUGCUCUGGCCGGGGCUCUGUGCGUGGUGGUGCUGCAGAUUUUAUUGCUGUACCGGAACAAACCCGAGGCUGUGCCCCGGCAUGUGCAGUAUGUUAAGCCCGUGGUCGAGCCUUCGUUGAAGGACUAUCUCAGCGGCGCCAAGGAGCCGCCGGCUUCCCCGGAAUCGACCGGCUCGGCGCCCGGGAACGGCGGCAGCGACAAGUCGGACAGCUGCCACUUUCUCAACGCCAUCUUUCUGUUUCUCUUUCGGGAGCUCCGCGACACCCCGAUUGUCCGCCACUGGCUGACCAAGAAGAUCAAAGUGGAGUUCGAGGAGCUGCUGCAGACGCGGACGGCGGGCCGGCUACUGGAAGGGCUGAGCCUGCGAGACAUCUCCCUGGGCAACGCUCUGCCCGUGUUGCGGAGCGCGCGCCCGCUCCAACCGUCGCCCGUCACCGCCAACAGCAGCGGCGGCGGCGGCGGCACCAGCAACAGCAGCGGCGGGCAGGACGACGAGGCCGGCGGCGUGCCAGACGAGCUCAACUUCGAGGUGGAGCUCGAGUACAACGGGGGCUUCCACCUCGCCAUCGACGUGGACCUGGUCUUUGGCAAAUCGGCCUACCUAUUCGUCAAGAUGAGGAGGGUGGUGGGCCGGCUGCGGCUGCAGUUCACCCGGCGCCCUUUCACGCACUGGUCCUUCGCCUUCAUGGACGACCCUUUCAUCGACUUCGAGGUCAAAUCGCAGUUCGAGGGCCGGCCCAUGCCCCAGCUCACCUCUAUCAUCGUCAACCAGCUCAAGAGGGUCAUCAAGCGGAAGCAUACCUUGCCCAACUACAAGAUCAGGUACAAACCAUUCUUUCCAUACCAAGUUCUUCCUGCCACAGCCGAUACAGUGAAUUGUGACCUCUAUUUACAACACGCGAACAUGACUGAGGGACGCCUAAAAGUCACUUUGGUAGAAUGCAGCAGGUUAUUUAUCCUGGGAUUGUAUGACCGUUCUGAAACCAUUCACUGUACUCUGGAGUUAAGUAGCGAUGUGUGGAAAGAGAAGACCAGAAGCUCCAUCAAAACGGUAGAGCUAAUUAAAGGAAAUUCACAAAGCGUAGGACUGGCUUUCCGCCAAAUCCAGGGCAACGAUGGGGAUGCAGUGCAUGUUACCGUGGAAACUGUGACCCCAAACUCGCCGGCCGCAGCUGCUGACCUCCAAAAGGGAGAUCGACUCAUUGCAAUCGGAGGAACCAAGGUGACAUCAUCUGUACAUGUUUUGAAGCUUAUAAAGCAAGCUGGUGACAAAGUAUUGGUUUAUUACGAAAGACCUGUUGGUGGACAUCGGAAUCAACAAUGUGGCUCACUCCAGGAGAACUGUGGCCAGCUUGAGGACACUGGGUUUAGUGCACAGUUUGGACAACAUGCAUUUGAUGAUGAUGGUAUUUUAGAUAAUGUUGACGGUAAAGACUUAGAUUCUGAAUUCGAAGAAUUAGUAUGUCCUGAAAUCAAACCACCGACCAUAAUCGUAAAGGAGGAUUUUGCACCAUCUAAUCUAAGUCCAAAGCGUUCAGUAGCUACACUUGCCACCAAGCCACUAGGAACCAUAUCCCCCAUUCUGAAUCGUAAAUUAAAUUUGGGGAAUUACCAGAUUCCCCUGAAAUCACAGCAAAAAGACGCAGCUAAGUUUGCCCAGCCAAAGUGUUUAGACGUCCCUGAUGGAGCACAGCAGCCAAGUAAGCCAGCAUUAGGAUCCACAAAUAAACCUCCGGUGCCCCCAAGGCCUCAGAUAAAGAUAAUUUCAGCUGCUUCUGAAGCCCAGAACCUGUCUGAAUCUGCAGACACAGCUACAGAAAAACUUGACAAAUCGGCAACAUCCAUCAAUAGUGCAGAGAAAAGUAUUGAAAAAAGUGUCAGUAAAAAUCUAGAUCAGAUGGAAGAUGCAUCUCAGUCCAGGCCAACAGCUAGUAAACAAGAUUCCAAGGAGAAAUUACCAGAACCUACCUGCAGAGUGCGCGAUGGGGCAGAAGGGAAUAAAAUCUGGGAGUCACCAGAGAUAUCCUAUCGCAAGAGAUUUGUGAAGUGGAACAAGGCAACGUGCGUGUUUGACGUUGAAGGACGCCACAGAUACAUCAACGUUGCCGUGUGGUGUAAAGAACCUUUUAAAUCAGGUGAACUCAUGUGUUUAGGCCAUGCAAGUAUAAAACUUGAAGAGAUAGCCAUGGAAUGUCUUUGCACUGCAUCAAUGGAGUUUCAGACAACCUUUCGGCUUAAUGCUCCUGAACCAAAAGCUGUUGUCAGUAGAACUGCAUUACGAAAUCUAAGCACUCAUAAGGGAUUCAAUGAGAAACUGUGCUAUGGUGACGUUACACUAAAUUUUACCUAUUUAAAAGAGGGUGAUACAGAAAACUCUAGCAUUCAAAUAGAAAGGGAAAAGGAAGAUCAUUUACAGGAGGAUAUUCCUGUCAUCAUUAAGGAGGAAACUGAUCCCUCGUGUAUGGACAAUAAGCACAAUUUCCAAGAUACUCAGUUUCAGAAUCCAACCUGGUGUGAUUACUGUAAAAAGAAAGUCUGGACCAAAGCUGCUUCUCAGUGCAUGAACUGUGCAUAUGUGUGUCAUAAAAAGUGUCAGGAUAAGUGUCUGGCAGAAGCACUUCUUCCAGGUCUCACAGAGAGAAGAGCUGAUUUGGAAGCCAAGCCGUCCUUUAACAGGUCAACAGGGUUAACACGGCAUAUCAUCAACACCAGCUCACGCUUGCUGAACCUGAGACCAGGACAAAGAGCUCGUCUUGCGGAUCCUAGUGUAGAUUUGGUGGAGCCUUCACCCAAACAAACUCCAAAUACAUCAGACAAUGAAAGCAGUGACACAGAGACGUACAGUGCCAGUAGUCCAUCCAAACGGGUGGCUUCUUCCAUGGGUAACAAGUUAUCAGUGAAGAAAGACGGUGGUCUCGACGAUAGUGUAUUGAUUGCUGUAAAGGAGAUUGGUCGAGACCUGUAUCGUGGAUUACCAGCCGAUGAACGAUUUCAAAAACUGUACUUGAUGUCAGAAAAGCUACAGAAUGAAAUAGAGUUGGAACUGGAACAGAAUUAUGCUCUGCAGAAAGAAGAAAAGGAUUGCACAGAUCCUAAAAAGAAAUGUCAUUUGUCUGCUGCUAUUUCAAAGUCAAUUGAACGGCUACAAGCCCUUACACUGCUCACAAUCCACUACAAAGCAGGAAUUGAUGAUUUAGAAUUUAGCGACUUUGCAUCUUCUGAACAACAGGCAAAAAAAGCCUCAAAGCUUACAGAUGAUAUUUUAUCCCUAACAACAGACGAUAUUGAUGUUGGCAGUCAGGCAGAUGUGCAACCACUUACUGAAGAAUCAAAUGAGCAAACUAUCGAUGAAACUGAAUCAAUUUCUUGACUUAAUUCAUUUUCCCCAUAAUUGCAGUAGAGAUAUUUACUAUUUACUAUUUUGUUGACUUUUCUUUUGCUUCUGUGCGAUUACGCAACUGUUAUUCUCUCUUGCAAAUCUGGCUGUUAAUGUGACUAUUGUGUCAAUAAACAAUGGCCAGAUCAAUUUAAGAUUUUCCCUUCCCACCAAAGUUUUUGUUUCCACAUCUAUGUAAAUUUGUGGUGUUAUGAUAUGCGGCUGAGUCCACAGUACGCCGGGACAGUUGAUGUAAAGUCUCUUCUGGGACCAGGUUUCAGAAUUCAAAUCAUGUUAAAACCUCUAAUCCUUUAUAUUAUUUGUUUGUUAUGUAGACGUUUCUUUGCCAAACCUGUAUCAAUAUAGUAAACUGUGUGGUGAGCUUUUUGUAUUUAUUGAAAGUAAAACUGGGUUUUCUUUGGUA